GUCCGGGAGCAUUGUUCUCAUUGAAUGGACUAGAGCAGUGAAGCCCAGAAGCAAGGUACUGUGGCUUACCCAGGGUCCCCAGGGUAAGGGGCAAAGUCAAGGCAGAAUUCCAAUUCCGGAUUCCACAGGGACAGAACCUAGGCCUCAAGCUCCCUCGUAGUCAAAUGCGCGACCGAAGGCCAACUCGGAAUCUCAAACCCUAUUGUGCUUAACUGUCCCCAAACUUCAGGGUAAUUGUGCGGCGUGAAGGUGGGGAGGCGCCCUCUCAAAUUAGAUUUGACCUCCCAGUCGCCUCCAGUUCCCAGGACCACCAGCCCCGAGGCGUAAAGAGUCUUGGUAACCAAAUGGCCGGUGGGGAGACCUUGGCUCACUUCCAGAAAUGGCUUCUGGACCCUGGUUUCUGUGGUAACCUGCUAGGCCCCUUCUUCUUGGCGUAGAGUCUUCCGGUGGCCAACAGGAAGGAAAGCAGACUCAGCCCGGCUGAUCGGCUCCCAGUGGACAAACUGCCUGCUCCCCCAGCCCUUGGCCCCAGACCAUGGCCCUCCAUCCCCGCAGAGUCCGGCUGAAGCCCUGGCUGGUGGCCCAGGUGGACAGUGGUCUCUACCCUGGGCUCAUCUGGCUGCACCGUGACUCCAAGCGCUUCCAGAUACCCUGGAAACACGCCACCCGGCACAGCCCCCAGCAGGAAGAGGAGAACACCAUUUUUAAGGCCUGGGCUGUAGAGACCGGCAAGUAUCAGGAAGGAGUGGAUGACCCUGACCCAGCUAAAUGGAAGGCUCAGCUCCGCUGUGCUCUCAACAAGAGCCGGGAAUUCAACCUGAUGUAUGACGGCACCAAGGAGGUGCCUAUGAAUCCAGUGAAGAUUUACCAAGUGUGUGACAUCCCCCAGCCCCAGGGCUCGAUCAUUAACCCAGGGUCCACAGGCUCUGCUCCCUGGGAUGAGAAGGAUAAUGAUGUGGAUGAGGAAGACGAGGACGAUGAGCUCGAUCAGUCGCAGCACCAUGUUCCCAUCCAAGACACCUUCCCCUUCCUGAAUAUCAAUGGUUCUCCAAUGGCGCCAGCCAGUGUGGGCAACUGCAGUGUGGGCAACUGCAGCCCUGAAGCAGUGUGGCCCAAAACAGAACCUCUGGAGAUGGAAGUUCCCCAGGCACCCAUCCAGCCCUUUUAUAGCUCUCCAGAGCUGUGGAUCAGCUCUCUCCCAAUGACUGACCUGGAUAUCAAGUUUCAGUACCGUGGGAAGGAGUACGGGCAGACCAUGACAGUGAGCAACCCCCAGGGCUGUCGGCUCUUCUAUGGGGACCUGGGUCCCAUGCCUGACCAGGAGGAGCUCUUUGGUCCCGUUAGCCUGGAGCAGGUCAAGUUCCCAGGGCCAGAGCAUAUCACCAAUGAAAAGCAGAAGCUGUUUACCAGCAAGCUACUGGACGUCAUGGACAGAGGACUGAUCCUGGAGGUCAGCGGUCAUGCCAUUUAUGCCAUCAGGCUGUGCCAGUGCAAGGUGUACUGGUCAGGGCCAUGUGCCCCAUCACUUGUUGCCCCCAACCUGAUUGAGAGACAAAAGAAGGUCAAGCUCUUUUGUCUAGAAACAUUCCUGAGUGACCUCAUUGCCCACCAGAAGGGACAGAUAGAGAAGCAGCCACCAUUUGAGAUCUAUUUGUGCUUUGGGGAGGAAUGGCCAGAUGGUAAGCCCUUGGAAAGGAAGCUCAUCUUGGUUCAGGUUGUUCCCGUGGUGGCUCGGAUGAUCUAUGAGAUGUUUUCUGGUGAUUUUGCACGCUCCUUUGACAGUGGCAGUGUCCGCCUGCAGAUCUCGACUCCAGACAUCAAAGAUAACAUUGUCACUCAGCUGAAGCAGCUGUACCGCAUCCUCCAAACUCAGGAAAGCUGGCAGCCCAUGCAGCCCACCCCCAACAUGCAACUGCCUCCUGCCCUGCCUACCCAGUGAUUGCAAACACCUUUCUCCCCUCCUCCUCCUCUUGUCCCCCCAUAUUGUAUAUAUGGUUUUUUUUUUUUUUUUUUUUUUUUUUUUUUCAGAUUUUACCGGCUUUUAAAUCUCUUUCCUGUAACAAUGUUAGAAGUCCCUAACUCCAAAUGUGCCUAGCUUUUAAAGUUGAUUUAAUUUAUGGAAAAUCGCCAUAAUUUCCUUUCCUUUUCUUUCUUUUUGAGACAGGGUCUUGCUAUGCGGUUCAGGCUGGCCUUGAACUCACUAUGU